AUGCACACCAACUUCUACGAGCAUCAGCUUCAUCCGGGUGAUGUUCGCCCAUUUCUGGACAUCGUAAGGGGCUUCUGUCAGGAGAUUCUUGAAACCGCCCGGCUGGCGACGCCACAGAUACCGGAACUGACCACUGAACAGCAGUCCGAUCAAGACCGCCGCCUGCGCACCCUUACCCGCCCAUUGAGCGAACAGGCCGCCUUUGGCGAAGAACUUUCCCCGGAGGAACUGGAAGAUUAG